AUGGAAGCAAUAACAAAGAAGCUUGAUACUUUAACUCAAUCUAUGCACAUGGUACAACAUCCAUCUCCGGUAUGCACAGGUUGUGGGGCAGAUCACAUCACUUCAAGCUGCCCUUUGGCUUCUACUCACAUGGGUCAGUCAGCAGAGGUUAGUUAUGCGCAAAACUAUCAGAGGCAAAAUGGAUCUUACCCAUACAACUACCAUUCGAGUUUGAACAAGCAUCCUAACUAUUCGUGGGUGGAUAAUCCAGAUCAAAAUCAACAGGCUUUCAUACAUAACCUAGAAAAUCAAGUGGGACAGAUAGCAACUGCAUUAGCCAACAAACCACAGGGUACCUUGCCGAAUGACACAGAGAAGAACCCACGGGAACAGGUAUUAGUAGCUGAGGCAGUAAAUUAUGCAACUAUUGAGCUCCCAUCUACCACAUCCACCACCCCUGUCAAAGCUUAUGUGCCACCCAUUCCAUUUCCUCAAAGACUUCAACGCCAGCCAACAGCAGAGCAGAUUUUGAAGGAGAUGCUAGCUAAAAAGAGGAAGAUGCCCGAGCAUGAAACAAUAACACUACCUGAAGAGUGCAGCGUGACCAUCCAGCAUAGGAUCACUCCCAAACUUAAAGAUCCAGGGGGUUUCACUCUACCUUGCUCCAUAGGAAACUUACAAGGUUUUAAAUUUUUAAUUGAUUCAGGAGCAAGUAUUAACUUAAUUCCUUUACCUCUUUACAGGAAAUUAGGAUUGAGAGAUCCUAAGGCGGCUUCUAUCAUCCUUCAGCUGGUGGACCGAACAUUGAAACAUCCCUAUGGAAUAGUCGAGGACAUGCUCAUCAAGACGGGAAAAUUUAUUUUUCCAGUUGACUUUAUCAUUCUAGACAUAAAAGAAGCAUCUCAAAUUCCAAUAAUACUAGGAAGGCCAUUCCUGUCAACAAGUUGGGCAUUACUUGAUUUUGAUACCAACGAGAUAGUCCUGAGGGUGGAGGAUAAGCAACAAAGCUUCACCAUGCAGAAUCCAAUCAAGCAACCAUCAUAUUUUGAGGAUUGCCAAUGA